CUCGUGCACUGCCUCCAAUAUAAAAGGUUCGCAACUUCUCCGCUUCCAGGAAACCCUAGAACAGCAGUCCUUCCGCUCCUGAGGCAAGAUUUUCAUUAGGGUUUAGGGUAUCUUCCGUUUGAAAUGGCUCCAAAAGCUGAUCAAGCAAAGAAGUCAGACCCGAAGGCUCAGGCCUUGAAAGCUGCCAAAGCUGUAAAAGCAGGUGGAACAACUUUUAAGAAGAAGUCCAAGAAGAUACGCACAAAAGUUACAUUUCAUCGACCUAGGACAUUGAAGAAGGACAGGAAUCCCAAGUAUCCUCGCAUUAGUGCCCCUCCCCGUAAUAAACUUGACCACUACCAGAUUCUGAAGUAUCCUCUCACCACGGAGUCUGCAAUGAAGAAAAUUGAAGACAACAACACCCUAGUUUUCAUUGUGGACAUCCGUGCUGAUAAGAAGAAGAUCAAGGAUGCGGUCAAGAAAAUGUAUGACAUUCAGACCAAGAAAGUGAACACCCUCAUCAGGCCGGAUGGAACUAAGAAGGCAUAUGUUAGGUUAACACCUGACUAUGAUGCUCUGGAUGUUGCUAACAAAAUUGGAAUUAUCUAAGUGGUGAGAGCUCCAGUUUCGUGCUUAUGCGUGUGUUAAAGGAUUGGACCACCACCACUUUGAAUUUUGUUUUUUGUACUCAAAUGCAGAACCAAGUUUUGUUUCAUGUUAGAUAUCGGAGCUUUGGAUAUGAUAAUUGCGCAAGUGACUUUAAAACGUUUUCUUAGAUUGUAUUGCUAUUAGCUUACUUACCCUUACCAGUUGCAUGGCA